AAAUAAUAUGCAUGCUGAUAUUUGUGCAAAGCAUUGAAAGAAGUUUUUUUGCUGUUCGAUUAGUUGCAGGAGGAAGAGGAUAGUGGAAAAUCUGACCGGAUGGAGAAACUGCUGAUGGAUUUGAUGGAACAACGUCGAAAAUCAGUGCAGGCAUUGCAUGACCAACAUGCUGUGGCUCUAAUGGAAGUUGGGCUUGACCCUAAACUGGCGAUGCCCAAAAACAUCCUAGAAAUGGAGAAAGACAUAAUUAGCGGAUUGAAGCUGUUGAUCACUGAUUUCCAAAAAUUCUAUGGAAAGAUUGAGCACAAACAGGUUCCCCUACCAUUGGAGACAAGCGAGAGCUGUGUGCAAAACCCUGUUGCACAUUUGGUUGACAAGGAGGCCUGCUUCACGUAUCACUCACUCCCGCCUCUACAAAGUUGCGAAUUGUCACUGGAAGCCUCAAUGUUAGUGACGCAGGAUAUCAGGAAACUCAUCAGAGUAUAUACAAAAAUAGAUAUCUACAGUAGGUUACAGAUGCAGAAUUUAGAUGAAGCUGAUGGCAAACCUCUCAGCAAACAAGACUGUCCCUCGGGUGAACGAACAGCAUCUACAGUUGGGAGGUAUCUGCAGGAGGAACAUGUAAGAAAACUUUCAAAUCUCCUCAGGCUGCAGCGAGAAGAGAGAAACCAACAGAUAAUGCCAGUGGGAAAUCCACAUGAGGAAAAUGAAGAUGUGUCUAUGACGCAGACAUUAAGUCGAGAGGAUUCCGCAGCGCAGUCAAACAAACACAACGCGGACCUGCAGAGAGAGCUUGCCCUACAGUACAAGGAGCGUCAGGACCUUGUAGAGGAACAGUUGCAAUUGCAGGAGGAACAGGCGAUCAGGCAAGCAAGGACAGGAGAUGGGAAAGGUGACAUUGGAACCGUGGUUUGCCUUUUCCAAUUGUUACGCCACCUGCGGCAGUACAUUCUCCUGGAUCAGAGUCUAAAAAAGCAGCAGCAGGAAUGCAGGGAUGCAUCGCACUGUUGUGUGGAGGUUUGUACAUCUUCCUCGUUCUUGAUGUCCAGAGAUGUUAUUAGUGUAUACAAAUAAAACAGGAAAUACUCAACAGGCAAAGCUGCUUCCAUUGAAGAGAAACAGAGCUGUCAUUUCAGAUUCAAAGAUCUGAAUGAUGAAAAGAUCUGAUGAAGAGAAGACAAGAUGGCUGUUUAAUUUUGCAAGUAUGUUUUCUCUAGCCGUGACUAUUCCCAUGCUUUUCUAGUUACCGUUUCUCAUUUUAACCUCCAUUAACUUGACGUUAUACACACCUGUGGUCCCCACAACCUAUCUCUGCCAUUUACAAUGGCCCCUGGCUGAUUUCAGAAUGUAUUGGGUGUGGCGGGCCAGAGGACAUGUUUCCUUGCUCUACAAAUCUCUAACUCUG